UAUAUUAGUAAAUUACAAUUACAUUUAGUACAUUUAAUUAUGUUUUUAUGCCAUUGAUCUUAGUAUAUUAGGUUUUGUAGGUUUUAGAUUUAGUAUUUAGGUUUUGUAUUUAACACUCGUUGAAGAUACUUAACAUUUAAAAUUAGAAGUUGGGCAUAUUUUGUUGUAUGUACAAUUUGACAUUAACAUAUGCACAAGAUAUGUUCUGAGAUCUCUAAGUUGAAUUUCAUAUACAUGUUCCCCACUGUCCAAAAGUAGAGCAUUCCUGUGAAACCUUUUGUAGAUUGAAAUGGUGUAAGAAAAGAAGCAAUUAUUAUUAAUUUGUAGGGGAAAAAUUUUUAAGUCUUUCCAGACACAAAAUAAUGUACUAAAUAAUACAAAAUAACGCAUAAAACCUAAAAUAAUAAAGUAAAAGUGGGAAUGAAUGAUAAGUACACAGGUUUAUAUAAAGUAGAAAUGUAAAUACAGUGAUGUUAAUUAAAUUACAUCAGGUGUACUCUUUUCAGUAAGCAACUUUUUGAGUUGUGAAACUGCUGUCAUCUCAUAAAACAAUCAAACCGUCCGUGGCUAUCUUUAAAUGUCAUUUUCACAAUACUUUCGUCACCAUAGUCUGUGGCUAUCUUUAAAUGUCAUUUUUACAAUACUUUCAUCACCAUAGUCUGUUGACGGUUUUAGUUUAUUGAAAAGACUGGUUGAUCACUUAAAUUCAGAGAUCUAUUUUAAGUAAAGACAGAAUGCUGUAAACCCAUCAAGCAAUAGACUUUUCAUAUUUUUGCAAAUGGAUUCACAAGAUAAAUUGACAUAAAACACAGAUGCUCACAGACACAGUGUGAAGCUAUGGUAGCUUGAUGCUAUUUGUGCACACCGAUGUCUCUAAAACAGCUCACUGUAAAAUAAACAGUAAAUGCUAUUUUUGCUUUUCACAUUUUUGUUUCAUAAAAGCAAAGAAAAUGUGGCACAUAAGGAAACAUUCUUGAGGUUUGAAUAUUUUCAUGUCUGUAUAUGUUUAUUAUUUUAAUGAUCCAAAUUGUUCACAUUAUUAAAAUUGUACAGAAGUAUCUUUGUACCAAAACAAUUUAUGCAAGUUUGAAGUUAUAUAACUUCGACAUACUCAAGUCAGAAACUGACUGUAUUAAAUUUUAUGUAGAUUCUCUCUGGGCCUUCUUGAUUUAUUGCUAUUAUUUGGAGUUUAUCUGUAUAAAAUGCUUACUUUCAGGUAUUUAAAUACCUGUAUAAAAUGCUUACUUUCAGGCUGUUUAAAUUUUUAUGAAGGAACGUUUUCAAUCUAUUUUUAGGACAGCUUCAGCUUCUUAAGGUACAAGUUAAUUUUCACAGAACAAAGAAUGUUACUUUGUGAAAAUUUUAACAAUUGGCUAACUGAAAGUAAGCAUUUUAUACAGAUAAUAAUAUGGAGCCAGAAACAUGAGGAAAACCUGUGGUUAUAUGUCAAAUUUAAUUUGAAGAUGAAAAUAAAACACACCUCUUUUUCUAAGUUUACACAACAAUGGCAUUUGUUUGCAAAACGGUUCCCUUGUCCAAAUGUCUGUAAUAACUUUCAUAACAGCAAUAAAGAUGUGAAAUCUAAUUUAAAAUCUUUUACUUCUGCUCAAAUAAGAAAAACGUUUCUCAAUUACUUUAUUCAAAAAGAACAUCAUUUUGUUCCUUCAAGUUCUGUGAUAUUAAAUCAAGAUAAGAGUUUAUUGUUUGUAAAUGCUGGCAUGAACCAGUUUAAACCAAUCCUUUUGGGAACAGCAUCAAAAGAUAGUUAUUUGUCAUCAUUAAAGAGAGUAACUAAUACUCAGAAAUGUAUUAGAGUUGGUGGGAAACAUAAUGAUAUUGAUGAUGUUGGAAGGGAUGGUUAUCAUCAAACAUUUUUUGAAAUGCUUGGUAAUUGGUCAUUUGGAGAUUAUUUUAAGUAUGAAGCAUGCAAUAUGGCUUGGGAAUUACUUACUGAUGUCUUUUGUCUUCCACCAAGAAAAUUGUAUGUCACAUAUUUUGGAGGUGAUGAAUCUCAAGGUUUAGAACCUGAUCUGGAAUGUAAAGAAAUAUGGUUAAAAUUAGGUGUUCCUAAAGAUCAUAUCUUGCCAUUUGGUAUGGAACAUAAUUUUUGGGAAAUGGGAACUACAGGUCCUUGUGGUCCAUGUACAGAAAUUCAUUUUGAUCAUACUGAUACAGGAAGUAUUAAAUAUAUAAAUUCAGGAAAUGCAAAUGUUAUAGAAAUUUGGAAUUUAGUAUUCAUUCAAUAUGAAAGGAUUGCUGAUGGAAGUUUAAAAAAGUUACAUAAUUAUCAUGUUGAUACAGGAAUGGGAUUAGAGAGAUUAACUGCAGUUUUACAAAACAGCAGAUCUAAUUAUGAUACUGAUUUAUUUCUACCUCUUUUCAAUGUUAUUUCCCAGAAGUGCAAAGUCAGACCUUAUGCAGGAAAAUAUGGAAUUGAUGAUUGUGAUGGCAUUGAUACAGCCUACAGAAUUCUUGCAGAUCAUGCUAGAAUGAUGACAAUAGCAGUCAGUGAUGGCGUUCAGCCUUCAGAAUUUGAUGCUGGAAAUUGCUUAAGAAGAAUUAUUAAAAAGGCAGUUAUGGUUGCAGACAACCAAUUAAAGGCACCUCCAUCAUUUGUGUCAACUCUUAUUCCUUAUGUAGUUGAAAUUUUAGGAGAAGCCUUUCCAGAUAUAACAGAGAAUGUUGCAAAAGUAAGAAAAUAUUUUUAAAUCUAAUUUAAAUUA